GGAUGCAAGCAAGUCCAUCAUGGCUUCAUUGAAGACUUGUGUUUUCUUGGUUUUGGUGCUGGCAGGCUGGCAGCUAGGAGUUGUCUUGGGAGAGGAGGAGAACGAGGAGCAGGGGGGAGAUGAAGGCCAGGGGGGAGACGGUGGUGGUGGUGGUGAAGAGUCUCAGGGUGGAGGAGGUUGGGGCGAUGGAGGCCAGGCGAAGCCAGGUGGAGCCAGGACAGAGUGCACCACCAAGAAGUCCAGUCACCAGGUGCUGUUGAUGACACAGCUUCCCAAAAGCAAGACCCCGAGCCAGAUCCGCUGCAGCGGAAGCCUCGUUGACCGAUACUGGGUGCUGACCGCUGCCAACUGUGACCAUCCUGAUCUGGUGGCUGUGCUUGGUAAAGACCUCAAGCUGGAGAAACGGGUCGUGUACAAGAUCAAGGGAAAGUAUACCUACGAUCAGCCUGGUAGUCACAACAUCAUGUUGCUGCAACUGGACAACCCCUUGCUCGAACGGCUAAAAAAAUACCCGCUCAUCAGCAUGCCAGCCAAGGGGGCGUGCACCAACCCGGCGCCCGACAACAAUAUACAUCUCAUUGGCUGGAAGGAAGCCACCAAUGUCCAAAGACAGGGUGGAGCACUAAAUAAAGACAGGUUACCCUUUGCCAUGUGUGGGGACCUGAAGGUGACGAAAUGUGGGGCUUCGCCUGAACUACUCUGCACUGAGGGUGACGACAGCAAUGCCUGUAGUGGGGAUUCUGGCGGUGCACUUAUCUAUGAUGGACUGCUCUAUGGAGUAGUCAGUGCCAAAGAGAAAAAGACUUCUUGCUCAAUCAAGUACUCAAGUAUCUGUUUCUACCAGAAGUGGAUCAAUAAGAUAAUGGAAAAGAAUUCUAAAUGGUACAAAAACAUAUUUUGAAAUUACAAAGGUAAUUUCAAAAGGUGCUUUGUUUGAUGAUAAUGAAGAAUAAAGAACUCAAAAUGA